AUGUCAACUGCUUCUACCAAAGGUCACGCGCUUAUUGUUACAGAGACACCAGUGGCAGCAUUCUUCGUCGCGACACGAUUAUCUCCCGUUAUCAUUCAUCAGGAUCACGCUCCCAGAUCGUCACUUGACUUCAACUUGCACAUCUCUGUCACAAUGGCCGAGUCGACAUCGGGCCCCAAGCUCAACAUCGACGUCGAGUUCUCUGGCGGCCUGGAGAUGCUCUUCUCCAACAAGAGGCAGCAUGCUCUGGCCAUUCCCGCGGCAGACCCGGACGGGAAACCCGUUGAUAUUGCGUAUCUGAUCGGCCAUCUAUGUCAGAACGUCAUGGAUGAUUCUCGCAAAGAUCUUUUUGUUCUAGACAACCACCUUCGACCAGGCAUCCUGGUUCUGAUCAAUGAUGCCGACUGGGAGCUCGAAGGUGAGGAGGCCUAUGAGAUCCAGACCGGUGACAAUAUCUUGUUUGUCUCAACGCUACAUGGAGGUUAG